AUGGAGUUGGGCGUAGAAAGUCAAGAUCAGCCUCGAGAACCCAAGAGCAAGGAAACUCAGACCCUGCUGGCAAAACAUUUGAAUGGAAAGAAGUCGGAAUGGGAUGCCAUCGCGGCACAAAAAGAACCUCUCCGUCUUCUCGAUUUACCUGUCGAUAUCUUGCAAGCGAUCCUGAAAGAACUCACGCACACCAACGAUUUGACAUCCCUCGCUUUGACCCACUCAGCUCUUCACAGCCUGGUUAUACCCCACAUCUACUCCAGGUUUGAUAUCGUCUGGCCCGAUGCCAACACGACAUUUGAGAAUCGAAUGGGAGUUGAUGCGCUCACCUAUGGCCUGGCAACUCUAGUGAUGGCCCAAGACGUCUUUGGCGAGGCACCCUACCAACAACAACAGCCCCAGCACCCAUGUCAACGAUGUGGCCAUCAUAACCAACCCAUCCAGCCCGAUCCUAACAAACCUCGUAAAAUCCGACGCGGGAAUUACUUCGCUCAAUAUACUCGAAAGUUCAGUCUGGGAAAUGGACCACCUGACUGGGUCCAAGAAUAUCUCAUCACAAAAGAGGGCGGAAAAAUGCUCGGGACUCUAGUGGCGCUGGCGGUCGGUAGAAUGCGGAAUCUCGAAACCUUCAUUUGGGACAUGCCAACAGGCGUUCUUCGAGAUGUAUGGCUAGCAUUGGCUUCCCUUGGGAAUCGUGAUGAUGAACAAGAAUGUCGCCUGGAUCGAGUUUGGGUACGAUGGCAUGACAACCAAGAUCAAGGUCCUUUGGCUUCACCACCACCUCCCGGAGUCGGUCCAGGCCCGCAGGCUUCAAAUCUCCCUUCCAUCCUGGCCGGCCCGGCAAGCUCUUUAUUUCAAAUUCCACCAUAUCCUCGAGUCGAGUUUCCGACAUUUUCCAUUCUCCCCCCUCUCAGGAGUCUUAGCGUACUCGAUAUUGAUGAGUUGCCAUAUGCGGAAGAAAUGAGCGUGCUGAUUGAAAGGUCACUGGGGAAAUUGCAAGAAUUGAGAGUCGGGAUGGCUUCACACGCCCAGUUUGAUAUCUGGGCUCGGCCCGCCGAGGACCGAGCGCCGGUUCUCCCUCCUCUUAUGCCUGGAUUGGGUGAUCAAUCCCCACGGCCGGGAGGCAUUCUGGGAAUUUUAGUACAUCGAUUUUGCAAUUCCUUCUCUCAUCAACGAUCCUCCGACCUCGACUUGCCCAAAGAUUCGUCAGAAGAAGGGGCUGGACCGGAACAGAAUCUAGAGCCAGAAAAAGAAAACGACCUUGAAGAUCCAAUCAGCAACUCGGAUAUCAACCAACUUGGUGUCUUAUUGUCCGCGCACAACAUUCAGGACGACGAUUCUGAAAUGGUUCCUGUUUCUUCACCAAAACGACCAGUUUCGUAUAACCAUCUUCAAGGCCCAAGACACGAUAGUCCUCAGAGUGCCAGGGAUCCAUUCCAGGACUCGAACAAAGAGGAACCUGUGACGAGAAAACUGGAAUUGGAAACUCUCGAAAUCGAGCGCGUUUACUUGUCCAUCACUGUUCUGUCCAAAGCAAUGGACUGGUCAAGAUUGACAAGCUUGACCCUCCUAGGAUGUCGAAACCAUGAGCAAUUAUGGAAAGCACUUCGAAAACGAUUCACACCAACCAGUCGCAGAAGAGUUUCUUCCGCGUCCUUCAGAGUCUCAUCAAAUGGCAUGUCGAGCAUGCUCCUACGAUCGCAGACCGGCACUCCCGUAUCUUCGGCGCCGCCCCCUUCAUCGGAAUACCCGCUGAAACUGAAACGACUGCAUACCGACACGGUAUCUCCUCCAUUGAUCGCGUUCAUCAAAGACACUCUCGCACCAGACAGUCUAGAGUGGCUUUUUCUGCAGGAAAACACUGCCUACAAGUCUCCGGUGUCAAUCGAUAUGAUCUAUCGAGGUGCAAUCCGACGACACCGGUUAAGCUUGGUCAAAUUGCUCAUCGAUAGCACAUUAAGAACCGAGGAUCCAGACAGCCCAAACACCAACUGGCGGAGGUGGGUAUUCAGCCGUGAAUUGCUCACCUGCAUCACGAGCGGGAAGAUGAAACUCCGUGAGCUUAGCAUGUCGAUCGACUACAAGGACUGGCACUAUUUCUUGAGGCGAUUACCAAACGCCACAUCCUUACGGUCUUUACACAUUCCACAUAUUGCCGAGCAUGUCAAUGGAACGGUCCAUUCUCGAGAGGCGGCAUUACAAGUUCUUGAUAUUGUUGCUCUCAGGCCUGAACUGGAAUUGUGCUACCUUGGUGUACAGAGCCAGUGUUUCGAGAUUUUAGAAUACGCGAACACACGAAAGGGAUCAAGCUCUGAGAUACCGUUUGCAUCAAAUGGACAGGGUCCUUCAGGCGAAGAUAUCGAAACCGACCAAGACGUUGGACCCGCUGGAGCACCCACACAUCCAGCUCCUCAUAAUCACAACUCCCAUGCUCCACAUCAGAUACACAAUCACGCGCAACACGUCUCUCACCACGACGAUUUAGCCGGUCACGAUCAAGUAUAUGACUCCAGCGAUUUCGAUGCCAUCUCAGACACCGGUGAUGAAAUCAGCGACGAAGAAAGUGAACAAGGAGGUAAUUCCAAUGCACCCAAACCGACGUGGAAGCUCAGGGAGAUUCUAUUCUACGAUGACAAGAUUUCGAUUUUCAAGGCAAGGCAUGGAAGGUUGUAA